CUCCAUCUCAUAGUCUUGAUACCGUCGUUUGUCUCCAAAAGGCAAACCUUUUGCAACUUCAAUACAUACCACAUAUUCCAUUUGUUGUGCACACGGCGAGUUCAUAUCCGGCCAUGCCAAAACCACUGCCGAACUAUCUUCACCACCGCUCUACUCUAUCCACAGCUCCAGUAGCUCUAGGACCAUCCAUCCUCAACAGAGGCAGCUCUGGUAAAUUAAUCUCGAUCAGACACGAUGUGAGACGCAUCCUUGACUUCUUCCGAAGGUUCUUUGCAACAUGGUUGAAAGUCGACCUCGAAUCCUUAAAAACAGCGAUCACGGUCGGCAAUACCAUGAUGAAAUUAGGCAACGUCGUGACAGAUUUGGCCACGACAUUAUGUUCUGCCUGCAUGGAGUUAUUCACAGCCUCCGUCUUUAUCAAAGCCCACGAUGACCUUAACAGGGAUAUCCAGCUCUGGAUCGGGGCGAAUGUUCUGGACGCACGGAGCCCAACAUCACUGGUUGCAAGCACCGGCGACGUUGGUACUUUCGAAACGCUGCGUUUUAAGCACGACCGGAAUACCUUCAUUGUUAGGCGGAUCAGAUGUAGGGAGGACGAGCUCCGUGAAGCAAAUGAGGAGCUUAUGACUGGUACCGAGUCACUUGUCAUCAUGGUUUUCGGCUGGUCUACAGAUCCUAUUAGACGAUUCUUGGAAACUGUCCGGGAUUUUGCAGAUGAACGGAGAAAGGCGAAAAUUUCUGUGCGUGUCAGUAAAGUGUUGGGCAAUGAUCCACGCUGGGAGGGCGCUAUACAAAGACCGAUGAGACGGCUGGAAACGGUUCACUUCGACGAGACAACAAAGGCAGAACUUGUUGCGGACAUGGAGCUAUACCUCGACCCAAGCACAAGGCAUUAUUACACCAUUCGAGGAAUCCCUUAUCGGCGGGGCUAUCUUUUCUACGGACCACCAGGGACUGGAAAGACGUCCCUUUGUCUGGCGCUGGCAACACACUUUUGCCUGGAAUUGUACUUGCUACAUAUUCCUAGCCUCAGUGACGAUUCGCAGCUUGAGAUUCUGUUCAAAGCACUACCCUCCAAAUGUAUCGUGUUGCUAGAAGACAUCGAUGCUGUUGGCGUUCAGAGAAAAUCGGAAAUAGAUGAAAUGGAAGAGGAAGAGCGCAAGAAGAAGACAGAAAAGAAGAAAGGCACAGGUAGCAUAACAUGUAACGCCCACGACGAAGAGCAAGAGAAACGUAGCUCACGAGUCACCCUCUCUGGACUUCUCAAUGUCCUGGACGGCGUCAUUUCACGAGAAGGCCGAAUCGUUAUCAUGACUUCUAACUUUGCCAACAAGCUUGACAAGGCGCUCACGCGACCUGGUCGCAUUGAUCGCCAAGUGUUCUUGGGUAGUAUGUCGCCCGACUGUGCGAAGUGGUUGUUCAUUCGGAUGUUUUCAUCGGACUCAGAUGCCACACCACUCACUUCACUCCUUGACACAGAACACUUGGAUAAGUUGGCAACAGAGUUCAGUACCUAUAUCCCCAAGGAUACUUUUACACCUGCACAGUUGCAAGAAUUCUUGAUCAGCCAUCGCCAUUUUGCGGCGAAUGCAGUCAAGGAGACAAAAUCUUGGGUAGCAGACCAGCAGCGCUUGAGAACCGAAGAAGAGGAGCGAGCUAAGCGGUUAGCUAUAUGGAAGGCAGCCAAAAAGGCAGAGAAGGAAAAUGCAGAGGCUCAGAAGCCAGACGACGAGAUGACGAAGUCCACGGAUGAUAUUCAGACAAGCCUGGUCGAACAGAUAACAACUGGCUUGGGAAAUCCAGGAGCUCCAAGUUCUGCUGGAGGGGAGGCGAAGGAAGCAGACGCAGCUAGCAACUCAGCAGCAUCUGAAGUAUGGUCUCCAGCCAGUGAGAGCUUUAUAUAAGAAGAAUCGUUGACGGAAGAUGGAAGCUCGUCUGGAUCAACCCCAAGCACACACUUUAGCGAGACGGAAGGUCCGAAUAAAUCGCAGCCCAACUAAGGUUAGAAGUGGGUACAAACAAAACAGCGAGGAUAAGGAUGACCCGAAUUGAGAUCGUUGAAAUACUGACUAGAAGUUGUAGUGUUGGCCAAGGUGUCAGGGCGCUGAUAGAGGUAUACGAUAACAGCUACGCUAUUUAGCUGUACUUGUAAGAGUUUAUGUAUCAAAGUCAAUGAAAAGCGUGAUUCCUAUGUAUCUACGUACAGGUGAAUUGAUUGAAAAGGGAAUCGGACACGUACACGGUGUCCGAGGUCUUUGGAAUAUAAACACGAUAU